CCCUGCUAUAUGAGGUAUUACGUGUGGCACGCUACAGAGUAUGUACAUUUGAUUAUACAAGCAGAUAUUUCCCAGCAGCCUUGGCAGCAGCUCUGGAGGUCAGGGGCAGGUCACAUGACCAGGGACAGUUGGAGGGAUGACAGUUGGUCAGGACACAGUCUGAGGUAGCUGUGAGAGUGGAGGGCAUCUCUGGCAGUGGAAAAUUCCAGUCAGAAAAUGGAGGUGCCACUGAGAGCAGCUGUGUGUGAGAGCCACUCAGUAAAAGUCUAAAAAGAGCUACACAGACAGCAGGACUAGGUUAGUGAAAGCCGCAUGUCGCACAGCCUGUCAUGAUUGUGCCUACACCAGUUUAAACCAGUAGGCAUGGUCAAGCAAUAGAGCGCUGCAUAGGAACUCUCUCCCAGGUCCCUGUACUGAACUGGCCAUAUAGCACUCUCCUAUGGCAAGCUAUAGCUUCAUCCCACGUAACAGAGGCAAAGAGUUUUUGAGCUGCAUCAUACUACUUCAGUAUCCCCGAUGACUGGAAAAUGAUAACCCUUCUACGGACAGCUAACACAGUGACUUGCCACAUUUCUAGAUAUAGACCGUGGAACUAGUCAGGAUAAGGUACCCAUUGUGCACCAAUGCUACAUUGAUCAGCUGAACUUUAAGGGUGAUCUAGUUGGGUUAUACACGGUACCGUGCAGGGCAAAGGUAACUGAAAUUGUACUGAUUGUGUAAUAACGUGCAGUGUAUACCGUCUAAUGUCAAAUGUUUAUUUAGAGAUACGAUAGUGGAGUGAAAGUUACACCGUUUAACUAAAAGCAUUUAAGUAAUUAUAGGAUCAACGACUCCUGAGGUUCUUCGUUCCAGUGUAAUAAAAAGUUCAUUAUUUCGCAGUGUGAAGUCGAUUGUCCCAGACACCAGUUGGGAAUUUAGUAUUGUAGAAAGGGGUCGGACAUACCGCCUGGAUACCGUACCUACCUAGGCAGGUGUCACAUUUGGCGUCAACGAACAGGAUCGAACAUGGAAGUGCAAGAAGGCAACCCCACCGCAGAUGACAACAGGAUUAGUAUCCUUAAUGACAAGAUUGCAGAACUUACCCAAACUCUCACUGACGUAAGAAGAGAGUUAAGAGACCUGAGACAGAAAUGGGCUGUAACCGGACACAAAAAGUGGCGUCCAGACCAUGGAGUGCGAAAUCAACCCAAAUGGGAUGUUCCCCGAAAGACUGGAAAAGGGGUGACUAAGCAAUUUGACGGUCGGGGGAGGCCUACUUGUUGGCGAUGCAGACAAAGUGGGCAUAUCAAAAGAAAUUGUCAACAACCCCCAGGAAGAGUGAAGAGAGUAGGACCACCCUGUGAAGGACAAUCCAGAGAUGCAGGUCAAAACACAGUAGUACAGAACCAGGUUAGCGUGUCUGGCACAUCAUCUGAUGAGGCUAUUCAACAAGCCAGCGCAAGAAGAAUUCCAGGCCAAGUUGUGUGGUUUAGUGUACCACGUGGCUAUGGAUUUAUAAAGCGAACUGACACGAAAAAAAGAGUAUACGUGCAUUAUACUGCCAUUCAGAAGGCCAGACUGGAAGAGUGUUUCCGAAGCCUGGGAAGUGGAGAAAUGGUUGAGUUUGAAUUGGCAAAUGGAAAGAAGGGCAUCAAAGCCAUUAAUGUAACUGGUCCUGGUGGUGUCCAGGUGCAAGGCAACAAACAUGCCACAGGUCGCAAACAGUACUGGUGCUGUCCGCAUUGUAGAGAUCCUCCACACAACUGUCAGCAGGAUUACCAACACAACAGAAGUGGAGAAGAACAAGGGGAAGCUCAAAGUACUGAGAAAAGACAACAAGAACCUGUCAUCCCAGAGAAAAGUCAAUCACUGGGACGGACAGAUGAAGAAGUUGUGGAAGAACAGAGUGAGAAAAUGCAGCAGAGGCUACCAGAUGCAGUCAGGCAACAACUUCCUACACAGCCAGUACAUGAGAUCAAACCAAGAGUGAAAGGUACCGAUUCCAGCAUGGCCUACCCCAAUCAAGUAGAUUCGACUGCUACUGACCAGGAAAAACUUACAGAGGGAGUGACUUGCAUGUCCAUGGCAGAGGGAUUGGCACCCCUUAGACCCAAUUGCCCAGAUUCUGUUGUGCAAAAUUCUGAAUCUAAUGUUCCAGCAGAAUCACCUAGUGUAGCUAAAAAGAGUGAGAGGUAUCUUCCAGAGUGGUAUUACUCAGGCGAGUACACCACGAUAACCUCUGAGGAGGUAAAUUUGAUGUUCCAGCAGGCUGUGAGGAGGUCAGGGAAGAAGAACAAAGGUGCUCUACGUAUUCAGAAUAGCUAUUAGCCUGUGGUAUAGAGUCAUUUGUUAUGUAAUGUAUGUACUUACCAUUUAUUCAAAUGUUUAACUGUAACACAAACAUUUUAAUGUAGACUAUUCUAUAUUGAACUUUGAAUAUUGCCUGUUGCGUGAGGACACGCAAAAUUCUAGUGUGGAGAUAUGUAAUACCCUGCUAUAUGAGGUAUUACGUGUGGCACGCUACAGAGUAUGUACAUUUGAUUAUACAAGCAGAUAUUUCCCAGCAGCCUUGGCAGCAGCUCUGGAGGUCAGGGGCAGGUCACAUGACCAGGGACAGUUGGAGGGAUGACAGUUGGUCAGGACACAGUCUGAGGUAGCUGUGAGAGUGGAGGGCAUCUCUGGCAGUGGAAAAUUCCAGUCAGAAAAUGGAGGUGCCACUGAGAGCAGCUGUGUGUGAGAGCCACUCAGUAAAAGUCUAAAAAGAGCUACACAGACAGCAGGACUAGGAGACUUUGGAAGGAGGAAGGAAGAAGAGGGUGUACUGGCACUGUUAGGUAGAGGGCUGCCAGCGAGAGUGUAGAGGAGGAAGAAAGGAAAAGAUGAACACAUUUUAUGGCACACAUGCAGAGUUGGCACAUUUGCCCGUGGACAUAAGCAGAGAAAAACUCUCAUAAAAAAGUGCAUCCACCUGCUCAUCAGUAGUGUUUUCUAUUGAUACAGAGGCUUUUUUUUUUUAUUGUUAGACAGAGGGAGGUAAUGAAAUAAAGUGAUGUUGAGAGUUAUUUUUUAUGUAGGGAAAAGUAUGUUGAAAUGGGCUUUUACGGUCAUCCUGAAGGAGUUAAAUAAUUUUUUGAGGUGGAGUUUUUAAGCAUGAUGGUAUGAUAUUAUUUGGCAAUAUAAAACUGCUCUGUAUGA